CCACCACUUUUAUAGAUAUUAGGACAAACCACCUGGCCAGCCAUGGCCGCCGUCACCUUCGCAGUUUUACUGGGUGCUGUAUCCGCGUCUGUGCGUAGUGACUUGGAGCAUCUGGGGUCGUGCGUUGUCACUGAUGCGCUUGUGGUUGCACAGUGCAAGGCCUUGUUGCAGGGUCUCAAUUCCAACACAAAGGGCCUUCGUGAAGCCUGCCAGACUGCAGAUAUCCGUGGAAAACGAAAUGGAAUGCGUUUGAACCAGGAGGAACUCCGGGAACUCGUCAAGACAAAGCUUUUGAAUUUGUUGCCACCCGUGAAGUUUCAAGCGUUGCUCCAAUAUGCAUCGUUGGAGACGCACGUUGAGCUUCGUUCCUUUGGUGACGUCUUUGUGGCAGCGCAGGAAGCUGGAAGGAUCAAAGAACUCUUGCUUGUUUUGGGGCCUGGUGAGACCAGCCAAUCAAGAUGCAGGGCUGUUUUCCGUGAUUGGGGCGUGGCGCGGCGCGUUGCCGGUAGAGGUACCGAGCGCUCGGUCGAUGCAGCAAAGUCAGAACUGAUGGGUGUAUGUAUACGUUUUUUGAAAGAAUGCGAACACACUCCCGAUGGGCGUGCUGCAUCCUUGUCUGGGCCACCCGACCGGGGGCCAACCAGUCUCGCGGAGGCCGUGGCGUUGCUGCAGUGCAAUCGUGCUGUGCCUCUCAAGCGCGCAGUGGGCAAGAGACAGGCUUUGUCUGUGGCGCCUGUCGAGCUCAGCCAAUUGUUGGAAGGGUUGCACAGUGGGACAGUGACGAAGAAAGAGCAGGUUCCUUCUAUGUUAGUGGCCGGUUGCAAGGCACACAGGAAGCAUGCUGGUCGGGUUGUCCGCCCGGAGCCGGAGUUUGCCACGCGAGAGGCACACCGAGGAGCUGUGGAGCGUUUCCGAAGCCAUUUGCAGCUUGAUCCGCAAUGUUGGAGUGCCUGUGCAGUGGUGAACAUGCGGACUCCCCAGAGUCUGGAUGCCUUUGUGUGCACUUUGAAGGAUCCCUUACACAGAACAGCCACGCCCUUUGCGAAAGACUUUCGCGAUGUGCACAUCCCGUCCAACUGGGAUGGACAGCACGUGCUUCGACGCAUGGCAGCCAUGGAGUUGCAGAAUGCAUCUGCGGUUGCGCGGCGAGAGGCAUUGCCACUUUUGGAUGGACCUUUGGUGGCGGAGAUCAUGGCGCUGCGAGGUGACGUAGAUGGCCGCAAACCAGUGGAGAGUUUUGAUUUGUUGGUCGCAGCUUUGAAAGAUGCGCAAUGCAGCAUGCCUGACCAACCGGCCUGGUUUCAGAGUGCCUGGGGUGUGAAAGAGCCGGAGCAACUACAUGCCCUUGCGCAAGACUUUGAUACAUUUCUGACGAAGCAUGACCUUCGGGAUCUGUGGACGGAGGCAUCUUUGGGUACUGCUAUGGUGUGGGUGGGCUGGUUUGGCAUAUUGCAGCAUCGGGAUCAAAGAAAGGCAAAGGUAGAGGAAUGGGUCUCGGAAAGCCGUGGUCUGUUCAAAAGUCCGCCUGCCCAGUAUGUAUUGUCAACUCGAAUGGAUACCUAUGCUUUCCCACCGUUUUUCAAAACCGAUGCAGAGUCCAUGUAUGGUGUGGCAGGUGGAGCAGAGUUGCCAAAAGGGUUGUUGCCUAUUUUGACAGCUCCUCGAGUGUGUGAACUGUGUGGAGAUGGAUUUGUGAAUUGGACAGAUCUGUCUGCGCAUGUGGACCAGGCGCAUGUGAACUGGGCAGAGUACCGUAAGCGCGUCUUUUGGCAUGCGCAGCAUGAGGAAGCUGCUCCUUGUCAUGGUUUGCCCAUGUCUUGGGCCCGCAAAAGACGCAUCCUUGGAAACGCAACCGCCCAACUGGUCAGCGUAGCCAGCCAACCGUUAGGGGAUGAGUCUGUUUCAGCAGCAGUGAGAACUGCAGAGCCUCGAGCCCCCGAGCGCGAACCUCGUGCCAUGGUGGGAUGCGCUGUGUGCGCAACGAAGGAAUGGACCGAGCGGAUGCGCCGGUGCGACAUGUUUCGCACUUUGCCUGUGGGGAAAGAGGUGCGGGAGGAGAUGGACGAGGAGGAAGCAGCUGAGGCUCAAGCUGGUUCGGCAGAUGAGCAGGCGGGUCGUCGGCGGAGCAACUUGCUUCGAGAUAAGCGCGGUCUGUAUUAUUUUGGACCAGCCGAAGAAAUUCAACAGCUUUUGGGAGUGGACAAAUACGCAGAGCGGUGGCCGAAGAUUCCAGUUGCCGAACUACACGCAAGUUCGGUGCAACAUCCGGAUCGCCCUGGCUACCGGUGGCUGUUGCACACACGCAGGGUACCUUUGCGGAAAAAGGCAGAGUCUGCGGUUGCGCGCGCAGAGGCUAGCGUCGCGGAUGCGCACGCGGAAGGUGAAGCUGCGGUUGCGCGCGAGGCUGGUUCCCGGGAUACAGCUGUGGAAGGGCAUCCGCCUUGCGCUGGCAUCGGGGACAGUAACGGCACGGUGUUCCUUUGUCGGUGGUGUUGUCACAGCUUGUGUCACCGGAAACCCACGCUUCCCAAGCGAGCGCUUGCCAAUGACCUGUGGGGAGGCCGCGAGCAUCCGCUUUACCAGAAGCUUCGGGACUUGCCGGCUGCACGGAUGCUUCUUGGACAAGCUCGGGUACUUUACAGGAAGGUGGUGUUGAACCACAAGCAUGGAAGAGAUGCGUGUGAGUUGCAACAUGGCUUGCAAGGCAAUACCACUUUCAUAGCGCAGCCGCGAACUUCAGCCGUGGGGAAGUCCUUGCCGCCUUGCAUGGAGGACGUGGGUCAACACUUGCAGGUUAUUUUUUCUGUAUCCCGCACCGACGUAGCCAGAGCGAAACCACUGUUGGUGCCACGUUCCCUUUACCUCGAAUGCGCUCGUCUUCGACAACAGCUUUGUCCGUUGUUUCAUGAGGUGGAAAUCGAUGUAGCACGAGCACAGGUUGACCUGAAGGAGGAUGAGGCGCCCCCCGGGAAUUGUCCGGCUAGCUCGCGAGCAGCGGACACGGCAGCGAGGUCGCGGGAAGAUGAAAUUGUAGAAGCUGACUUGUUGGAUGAAGAGCCGGAAAAGUUGGAUGCAGAGGCAGAGGGUGAAGAGUCCUGUGCGGCUGCGCAAGGAGAAGCGGGGAAAGCUCCGGUGGAAGAAGCAGAGAACCUCAUUGGACUUGAUGAGGCCGCGGACAACGAUCCUCUGCAGCAUUACGUCGUCCUACAGGAGCAAAUUCGACGUAUACAGGAGGACCAAGCUCGCAUUCAGAGGAAGGAAGAGAAGGCAGAGGCCGCACAAGGUGAUGCUCAAGUGGUUGCUGGCAUGGAACUGACUGCGGCUCGAGAAGCCUGUCGAGGACACGCUUUAGAACUGCGGGAAGUGUGUCGUAGAUUGGCCGACAGACAUGAACAGAGCAUUGAAGCGGAACUGCAACUUCUGGAAGGACCGCGGACGCCGGAUGCCAAUGUGUUGGAAGUGCGAGCGGGACAGCUCCUGUCCAUGUUCCUUCCCGAGUCUUGGUGUUUGGCUUUCACGGAAUUUUUCUUCGGAGAUUGCUUACCUUUUGAUCAAUGCAGACCUGUGCGGAUUGCGCCAAGAGCGCUCAUGGCAUGUCUUUUGAAAAGAGAAGAGUUGGAAUAUCACCUUGCAACAGACGCCGUUCCAUAUGCGGCGCGGCCAACGUCCAGGUGGGACAACGCGGAGGUGACAGCCAUGUUUGCGGAUACCGUGCGACGUCAAAGCUUGCUUCUCGCUACAAAAAUGACGUUUCUCAGUCACAAGUCUUUUCAGUUAGACCUGCAAGCAAUCGCAAAGGCAAAGGCCGAGGAUUUCCAGGCUCUGCAACGAUAUUCCACGCUGGGUCAGGCUUAUGCGAGUGCUGGCAACAGGGAUGGACCAGCCAUGAAAGCGCUGAAGCAUCUGCUGACCAGCACUGCUGUAGUCCCAUUGACAGAAGGGAACAAAAUGAAACUACGCCAUUUCGGACAUGCGAUGGACAUGACCUUCGGCCCGCUCAAAUUAUUUUUGACAUGUAAUUUCGCUGAUACCUACAUGCCUUUGACCAUGACAGUGUUCGACCCAAGCAAUAUGGAAAGACUGUGCGAGACUCAGUGGGAUCUCUUGGCAGAACGACCUCUUUUGCCUGCUUUACAGCACAUGCAUCGGGUCGUGGCCAGAUCGCCAGUGUUAAAUUUCUUGUGCACUUGCGAUUUGGAGCAAAGAAGUGUUAUGAUGUUGGUUUGCAGUGACAAAUGA